AGCAGAAACAGCUUUUAUACUAUAUCUAAUAGUUAUAAAAUGCAUUUAUUGGUUUAAACCAGUUAAUGAUUUUUUUACCUGGUCUAAAAACAUAGGGUAAUUUAACACUUAAGCAGUGCAAUGAUUUGUUGGCUAUAUUUCACGACGUUCGACAAUGAUUGAUGUGCAAUAUUUAAAGAUCAUCUUAGCUGAGAAAUCAAUGCGUCUUUUGUCUUUUUCUGAAUAGUUGUUUUUUUUUUGUUUUGUUUUUUUUUUUUGGAAGAGCAUCAGUCAAAUGGAUUGAGCAUCUGACCUUCUGUAGAGCCAUUUUAAAAAAAGAAACAUUUAUCAUCAUGACACCAAUAAUCGAAAAAUUUCCUUGAAAAGGAUUUUUUCGGUCCUGGCGUUCGUCGGCUUGGCUAUAUAUGCUCCAGUUGAAGUGAGCAGAUUCUGUAUUUCGUCGUUUUAAAUUAUUCGAUUUGAAGACCUCGUUACAGAGCCAAUUAAGCCAGACGUCACGGUCUGGUGCGCACUGGUGCUCAAAGGAGCUGCGAUUGGAGAGCAAAACCGGACCAUCAUCCAAAAUACCAAAUUAUAUAGCUCAUAUUCUUUUCAAAAUCACGUAAUAAAAUAUGCAUAUAUAUUUUUGUUAUUUGUAAAGUGCAUUUGGUUUUCUUUAUCAGCCUUUUGAUGUACUGUAACGUGCGCGGUUCUAUCAGAGAGCGCAUUUCUAUACAUGACAGAACACACGGUGCGCGCAUGGCAUGGCACAAGCCAAAUUGUCCUUGUGACGGGGAGUGAAUUACUGCCAGUUCAGAAUGGAUAAGAGAAUAAUUUGAUGCGUGAAAUUAUGCUAGAGAUUCUUUCUUAUUUUUUUAUUUUUUUAAGCAGGACAUAAGAGGAAUAGAAUAGACCUACUUGUUGUAACCAAGUCUGAUUUGUUCCAUCACAUCCUAAAUGGUAUCUAUGUAUUUUUCCAUGCAGCCUGGGAUUCUUUUUUCAGUCUGAGAUCUGAAUUUAGUGUCUGAGCAAAGCGGUGAGGUGUUUCUCCAGGAGUGAUGGCGUCUUCAGCACCUUCUUCCUCGGCUGGUGAUAUGGACCCAAACACGGCUAAUUUACGACAACCUGCCACAACCUGUGACGCGUGGUACGGGGUUGCACACGGAUGCACGAGGAAACUGGGCAUGAAGAUAUGUGGUUUCCUGCAGAAGAACAACAGUUUGGAUGAGAAGAAUCGUAUGGUGGGAGCCUUCAAGGAGAGCGCAAAAAACCAGCUGUCGUGCGACAAUAGUGAGCACUUCAGCCGCACAGAGACAGACUUCUCCAACCUGUUUGCUCGGGAUCUACUGCCAGCUAAAAAUGGAGAUGAACCCACAAUCCAGUUUCUUCUUGAGAUGGUGGAGAUCCUCACCAAUUAUGUGCGCAAGACCUUCGACAGAUCCACCAAAGUGCUGGACUUCCAUCACCCGCAUCAGCUGCUGGAGGGGAUGGAGGGCUUCAAUCUGGAGCUGUCUGAUCAACCAGAGUCUCUGGAGCAGAUUCUAGUGGACUGCAGAGACACACUGAAGUAUGGAGUGAGAACAGGUCAUCCCAGAUUUUUUAACCAGCUUUCUUCUGGUCUGGACAUCAUUGGUCUUGCUGGAGAAUGGCUUACCUCUACUGCCAACACUAACAUGUUCACAUAUGAGAUCGCCCCUGUGUUUGUUCUCAUGGAGCAGCUGACCCUCAAGAAGAUGAGAGAGAUCAUUGGCUGGCCUAACGGAGAGGGCGAUGGACUAUUCUCACCUGGUGGGGCCAUAUCAAACAUGUACAGUGUGAUGGUUGCGCGGUAUAAGUACUUCCCAGAAGUCAAAACCAAAGGCAUGUCUGCUGCACCACGACUGGUGCUUUUCACAUCUGAACAUAGUCAUUAUUCAAUCAAAAAGGCAGGAGCUGUUCUGGGCUUUGGCAAAGAAAAUGUUAUCCUGCUCAAGACAGAUGAGAGGGGGCGUGUCAUACCGGCUGACCUAGAGGCCAAGAUCAUUGAUGCCAAACAGAAGGGUUAUGUGCCACUGUUUGUGAACGCAACGGCUGGAACCACAGUUUACGGAGCAUUUGAUCCCAUCAAUGACAUCGCUGACAUCUGCGAGAAGUACAACCUGUGGCUACAUGUAGAUGGUGCAUGGGGUGGAGGACUGUUGAUGUCUAGGAAACACCGUCACAAGUUAAGUGGCAUUGAGAGGGCAAACUCAGUCACGUGGAACCCUCAUAAGAUGAUGGGGGUACCAUUACAAUGUUCAGCCAUCCUGGUCAGAGAUAAGGGUAUUCUGCAGGGCUGCAACUCCAUGUGUGCAGGAUACCUCUUCCAACCAGACAAACAGUAUGAUGUGACCUAUGACACGGGAGACAAGGCCAUCCAGUGUGGAAGACAUGUGGACAUCUUUAAAUUCUGGCUCAUGUGGAAAGCCAAGGGAACAGUCGGGUUUGAGCAACAUAUUGACAGAUGUCUGGAGCUGUCGGAAUAUCUCUACAACAAAAUCAAGAACCGUGAGGGUUAUCAAAUGGUGUUUGAGGGCCAGCCCCAGCACACAAACGUUUGUUUCUGGUAUAUUCCACCGAGUAUGCGGGGCAUGCCAGACGGAGAUGAACGAAGGGAGAAGCUACACAGGGUGGCGCCCAAGGUCAAAGCAAUGAUGAUGGAGUGCGGUACAACCAUGGUCGGAUACCAGCCGCAGGGAGACAAAGUCAACUUCUUCCGAAUGGUCGUCUCCAAUCAUGCCGUGACCAAGUCUGACAUCGAUUUCCUCAUCGAUGAGAUCGAGAGGCUGGGUCAUGACCUGUAAGAGCGCCGCUCUGCUGGGUGGAAUUUGGAAUCGCAGCACCAUGUCUGCACGUUUAAUGGCUAUGUUUUGACAUUGUGUUGUAGUCCAAUGUGUUCUCCCCUCCUUCUCUAUGUCAUUAGAUCUUAAAUUUACAGAUAACGUAGCCUCUAUAGCUACACGGUCACCUUACAGUGUAGUUUAACUCCAUUGGGAAUCAUACUCUGAUGUACGUAACAGGCGGUGCUUCGGUUUGUACAUACAAUAUAAAGACAAGCACGGUGCAGCACCCUUUUAUUGAAACUCAAACCCCUUUCUGUGUAGUGCUGGGGUCUGUGUGAUUGUAAACCAGUGGUUGUAAUACGAUCUGUACUUUAGUGUUGUGUACUUUAGCCUUACUUAACCCUGUAGUAGGUCAUGUAAAGUGUUUUAAACAGCACCUUUGUGAGGUGACACAUAAGUGUUCAAUUUUCAGCUUGAAAUGUUCGAAAAUUAGGCUAUUUAUAUUGUGACCUAAGCAGUGUUCAAAGUUUCCCAUUUGUAACAUUUCUUCAUUUGUAUUCUAAGAAAUAUUAUAUAAUCAAAUAUGUUUAGGUUAAUAUUUAUAGUCCAGUAUAGUGUAUUUGUGAGCCAAAGACAGAACUAGUGCCAUACAUUUUACAAUAUACUCAAUAAUCUUUGAGAUAAGCAAGCAAGCGUAUGCAUUAUAAUAAGUCUAUUCACAAGAACAUUUAUAUAUACAUAUAAAUAUGGAUAUAAUAUAUGUGUUUGUUGUUCAGGCCCUGAAAUCUGUGCAAUCAGUUUGUCAGUGUUAUAAUGUUAUUGUGUGUAUCUCUGACUGAAUGUUAAAAGCAAUCCUAUCAAUUAUCUGGAGAUAGUUACUGUAUAGUUACCACUAGAUAUUUAUUACUCAUUAUUGAUAUUAAACUCAGGCGAUUAUAGGCUAUUAUGAAAAAUAAAUAAACAACAAAAGACAGUAAAUAAGCACAAACUUAGAAUAAAGGAUGGAAAUGUUGUUCUCAGGAUGCUGAAAGAUUGUGUUCAUAUAAACAUGUACGAAAACUUUAUUGAUAUUUCACUGCUGUAUUUAGAUUCAGUUGUUGUGAGUCUUUGAAAUGUAAAAGAUUUCUGUUUAUUUAAUGUUCUCUCUUUGUUCAAAGUGUUUUUGACAAGUUAAAUUAAUGCACAAUAAUCUUUUUCCUCUAUUGCUGUAAAUUGUUGACUGUAUAUGUUGAAUGUGAGGAGGGCAGUCUGGUCUCCUCAGUAAGGCGGGCACUUUAAAAUGCAAUCACACUAUAUGUAAACUGAUAUUAACACUUGUAAAGUGCACAAUAAAAUCUAUUAAAGUAUAAGAA